AUUCUACUCUGCAGCCCUGGUCAAAGUGCAUCUAAAAAUGGCAAACACAAAUCAAGAACCAGCACUUUUAGUACAAAAUGAGUGCAGGAAAACGUGGAGCCUUGAUUAUAUUCGAAGGAUGCGAUCGCAGUGGCAAGACCACACAAAGCAGGCUAUUGGUUAAGCACCUGAAAUCAAAGGGUCUUUCCGUUCUGGCCAUGAAUUUUCCGGAGCGCAGUUCCAGCAUUGGCCAGGUGAUAAACUCCUAUCUGACCAACAGCAAGGAUCUGCCGGACGAGGUGAUCCACUUGAUGUUCUCCGCCAAUCGCUGGGAGCACAUGAACCAGGUGAAGCAGCAGCUCCUGGAGGGCACCACCCUGGUGGUGGAUCGAUAUUCCUACUCUGGCGUGGCUUAUAGUGCGGCUAAGGGACUGGAUUUCGAUUGGUGUUAUGCCCCAGAACGGGGACUCCUAAAACCAGAUGCAGUUUUCUAUCUAAGAGCACCCGCAGCAGAUGACCUCGCAAAUCGCGGUCAAUAUGGCGAGGAGCGUUACGAGAAAGUGGAAUUCCAGGGGCGUGUGGCCAAGGUUUUUGAUAAGAUUUGCUCAAAGGAGGCUAGCUAUUGGCACCAGCUCGAUGCCAGCCAAUCCGUGGAUGAUUUGCAUGCCCAGGUAGCUGGCAUUGCCGAGGAACUACUGCCCAAAGUGGCCAACCAACCCAUCGAUAAGUUAUCAUAGGAUAGGCCCAUUGUAUUGCCAUACAUUGGCAAUUAUUGCCAUUCUUAAGAGGGGAUUUACCUUGAUUAAUGCAACACACGUGUGUUUGUUAUAAAUGUUUUUAAAUGGCGCUUAACUUUUAAUUUACGAUAAGGCCGCCGCAGCCAAUAAAUCCAAGCGUCGAAAGG